UGCCAACCCAAAAGCUCUGGGGCACCGUUUUUCCCUCCCAAACCCACGCCGAUGAGCGCCCCAAUCGACGACGAGAGGAGCUCUGGAUCUUCGCCGGAGAGCGGUCCCGGUCGGUCUCCGAGGACCUCAGUGGAGCGCCGCGAGGGCCACGCCAUCGAAGCUCACGCUGCUUGGGCGACCAACCCAGCGUGUUGGGUCGGCAUCGUCUGUGCCGAGCGUCACCUGAAGGCACUCUCCGUGCGAAAGACUCUCCAUAGCAAGGCAGGUCCUCAUCAAGCGCUGGGUAACUUGUGCAAGCCGUCCCGGACGCGGCUCCCGCGGGGAGAGAGCGAAGGGGAGACGAGCCGAUGGAGCCGUGCGUUCCGGGGUCGUGGGCUUCAGAACCCAGUGGUGAGACCGCUCCCAGAAACUCCUGCGUUGUUUGAACCGAGUGAAUGAGGGCUCGGUGCACGAAGCGCCGCACGUCGCAUCCAGUCGCCUUGACGAUCGGACGGUGCUUUCUGGCGUGGUCCCUGCACGCACAUGUACCAAGGGGUUGAGCUCAGCUGGGUCAUCUCCGGUUUUUCCUAGCAAAACUUGGGACAUGUCUCAUCUCACAGAGCAACAUGAGUCCUGAUCCUCAUCCUCUGAUCCUAUUUUGUCUCACUGAGGUCAUCGAUGACUUUGAGUCGAUUGAUCUGGAGGAAGAGGUCCCUGAUGAGGACUCCAUCCCAACGCCGCAAGCCGCGCCGCAAGCACCCACGGAUGCAUCCAAGGAACGACUGGCCCGCCUGGUCGCCAUCAUCGAGCGCAUGCAGCCGACCCGCAUGGAGAUUCUCCGCUCAGUGCCGAUGCAUCGCAUGGUGCAAUGCUUCGGGCAGGUCUUUUGGGCUUCAGCAGAGCGAGAGUUCUUCCACCUGAGCCAGGUGACGGAGUUCUAUGAUGAGUUUCUCAGUCAUAGCUGGCAAGUGGAAAGUUGGAAGAAGGUCUUGCUCUUGAUCACACUCAAAAACGGUGCUCCUGCCUGUGUGAUGGGAACUUUGGGCGCCGCGAUCAUGAUGGUACUUUUUCAGCUGGACUUCUUGCCUGGCUUUAAAAAGUCGCACUUGCACUUCCAAUGGUCCUUUUGGUCCUCUGCCGUGGGGAUCGUUCUGGCACUGAUGACCUUACUCUUUUGGAGGCCACGGGGCUCCGUUUUUGUGGAUCGAAUGUGCAUCAAUCAGUUUGACGGACGCAUGAAGGCAGAAGGAAUUAUGAACAUUGGAGCGAUCCUCAAGGUGUCGAAGUCCCUUCUGGUUGUAUGGGAUGAUUCAUACGUUGAGAGGCUUUGGUGCAUGUUCGAGAUGGCGGCAUUUCUCAAGGCUCAUCCAGACACGGAGAAAGCUGCAAAACUGGUGCGGGUGCAGCCUGUGCAGUUGGGAGUCAUAGUCUUGCCGAUCAGCCUUCUUUUUGCAGUGCUGGGCAUUAGUGGAAUUGUCAAUCCAGCAGAGAAUGUACUGGCGAUCUGGUCCAUCCUUCUUGUGAUGAUCAUUCUGGCAGGGUUAUUUUGCUGCCACACCCUUCGCAGAUACUAUCGUUCGCUUGAAGCGACCAAUCGCAGGCUGCAACGGUUUGAACUGCAGAAGGCAUUCUGUUGGUGCUGCAGUGUGAAUCACAUCAACCCGACCACCGGUCAGCCCAUCGCCAUGUGUGAUCGGGAGAUUGUUCGUCAGUGUGUGACCAGCUGGUAUGGCUCUGAAAAAGAGUUUGAUCGUUCGGUUCGAACUGUUGUGGCCACCGCGCUGAAGCAGCAGUUGGGAUGCGAUGCCCUUCCAUAUGGAUGGAUCCUGGGCGGAACAUCUUCAUUUCUUUGGCCGCUCUUGGAUUUGCUGGCAUCCUACUAUCGAGACGACCUGGUCCGGCACUUAGUCCCCAACUACGUGAUCCGCUUUGCGGCCUAUUGGCUUUGGAUGAUCCCCACAGUGGCCACGGUGGGGCUCUUCCUCGCGCGGUGCUUUCGGGCUCAAGCCCGAUCGAAGCUGGGAGACUUUUGCAAAGACCUCUUGGUGCUUGUCCUGGCGGUCCCCACGGUCCUCGCCUUCCUCGCUUGGCAAGUCUACACCGAGCUGAUCUUCAUGCACUCCGGCCAUGAAACCUGGGGCGGUCUGCUCUUCGCCGCGGCCGCCUUGAUCACCUUCGUGGCCGCACGGAAGGUCUACCAUCUGGGGAAUCGACGCUUCGAAGAUCUCGCCCUCGCAGCUCAACCAGAGACGACAGCAGACCUCGCAGACGAGAACGGAACCGGCGAGUCGGCGCUUCCACCGGUGGAGCACGUGGCGGUGUAGCCGAGCGCCGAGUGCGCGCGCGCCGUGCUGCGAUGUGUGGAGCACGUGUUAAGAACCGAAGAAGAAC